UGCCCCGGGUUAAACAACGUGGUGGCGCCGGCAUCGAAGACCAACAGAAUCAGACCGUUCACAUGGUGCAAGUUUCAAGACCAGUUGACACAGUGGAGAGUUUGGCUAUUAAAUUGAUGUGCCGCUCUGUUUGUUACCUGUUUGUUACCUGCUUGUUGGAUUCCGGUUUGUGAAUUUCUGGUGGUUUUUUGUUUUGUGUGUGUGUGUGUUUUUUUUUGGUUUUUUUUAAAGACAUGUCGUGGUUUGGUUAAACACAUCUGUUUUGGUUGCAAGUUCGGGAAUUCUGGGUUAAAAUAUUUUGUUGUUGUUCACGGGGCAUUUAUAAGGAGGUAUGAGAUCGAAAGUUUCAGUCAAAGUUUCAACUGACAGCGCGCGGGCUCUCAGUGGUACUUCACACCAUUAUUUUUUUGUUGUAUACUAAUGUAACGUUGUAUUUCUUUAUUUGGAUUUCAGUUCAUCAUUCUAGGACUAACUCAUCUCUUCUUGUGACGGAUAGAUACCACAAGGGGAUUCCAACACUACAUCAAGUCUUGGCUCUGUUUACUAAAGCCAUUCACAGAACAGUAACAUACACACGCUCACUGGAGGGAAUCUAACUUUUGUCAUCGACACUCUCAUGUUUUAGACACAGCCGGGCGGGGGGAUACAAUGAAGCUCAAGAUGGUAGACACGAGCUUUGAGAAAACUUCGGCGACUUAUUUGAUGAUUAUUUUCACCUACCUGGUGUGCCUGUGCCCUGUGGCCGCCAGUCUGUCCAGUUUACCUUGUGGUGGAGUCAAGGGCCGGUUUGUUUGUGACGACAGUGAUCCUCAAGUCUUCCACAUCUGUAUGGGCAACAACAAGUUCACGAAUAAAUGCCCCGGGGACCUACACUACAAUGUGAGAACCCAGAACUGCGACUGGCCGAAAUCUGUAAAUUGUGUGGAGGAAGCCAGGCAGCACGCGAGUCGGCAGAGAGAGUUUCUAGGUCAACCGGAACCAGAUGGACAGGGAUCACUGGUCAUCAAACAAAGCAGCGGUCAAGAAUAUUCUCGAAGUUCACGAACUCAAAAUGACCAGGAAGAAGGCAUAAACGCUGUGGUCAGACAAAGCAUCCACUUACUUGAGACGAGACGAGAAGACCCUGGUCAAAACAACGAGGAUGCUGGCGAGCCUCCGAGUGUAAGGCAAAACAACGCCCCUCGGGGCAAGUCUCGAAAGAUGUUCCGUCCGUAUAAAGCAUCAACUGUCAUGGAAGACGCUCCUCGGAUUGACGCAACGACACCUGAACCUCCGAUUCAAACUGAAGAGGUCGCGGGUGGAAAAUUUACAAGCAACCCAUCACAUGAACUGCCCAUGGGUAAAACGGAAGAAACGUCUCUGAGGUAUAAGGCAUUGCGCGAUGAAAGUAACCAAAAUGAGAGAGAUAUUGACAUUGUUGAAACGACCACGCCGGGUGCACCACGCGUUGAGGAAAUAAACGUUCGACCGACAGAAAUGGAAUUAGUAGGACACAUGAUCGAACCCUUCAAAGCUUCACGCCCGACAUUCCCACGGCGCGCCAUAGCCACCAGGCUAAGAACGCCCCAGGCGAGCCCGUAUAAGAAAACACCAGCCCCAACGACAACCGUGUCUCGGAGUCCGUUCAGAAAAACGACCACCGCCUACCAUCCGGUGCAGACCAGCCGGAGCAAGCCGGACACCAGAGAAUACGCGCCACGGCGCCCGGCGGUGACAAAACCGAGAGAGAAUACCAAGGGGAAGUCAUCGUCGCGCGACUGGUCAGAGAGAAGCGAGUUCAGUCCCUUAGCCUUACCGGCGCCUUACAGAUCCGCCACGAACUACGCCGAUGACAUCACAGAGACACCGAAGUGGUACGAGACGCCCGGUGAUACUAACGCUAAGGCGUCCCAGCAAAUCUCCCACAACACCGUCGACAAGAAACGGAAGGCAGAGCUCAACAGAUUCAGGGAAAAAUAUGGCAUGAAACGCGAAGAAGACUUCGAGGACGAUAUUCCCGACGCGCUUUCCGUAACUACACUUAAAUACGUCCCUUCGUGGGUAAAAAUAACUUCUGGGCGAACAGCGACCGUUACUAAAUCUCCAACCGUUCCCAAAACUGUUGGGAAAUCGGGACUGGACCAAGGAGACUCGACCCUGAUGCAGACGAAAACGAACCAACAUGCGCCACAAACGACGACUCAAGGCACGACGAGUGAAAAAUUGAAUAUGAAAAAAUUUAAGCCGCGACCGACCGGUUCGGGUUUGACCGGAUCUGAGUUCACAAAGUCUCCCGAGACAAAUGAGGCAUACAAAAAGAGAAGUAACCCUGAAGCGACCAUGACGCCAGCUGCGACCACAAACGGAACAAACGGAUUGACAUCGGCCGCCAAGAGGUCCGAGAUAACGGCCCCUUCCCCCGAGAGGAAUCAAGCACGUUCAAGCGAAACCGUGAAACUUAACGAAACCCCGAGAGCCCACGCAGCACGAGCUUCGACUAGAUCUGAUUGGCCAAGGCCGACAUCGUGGACUUCCAAAUCCACCAGAAGCAACACAGAAAGACAAGGGGCGCGGCUUCAAAAAAAUACAAACCCAGUUAGUGCUUCGGCGUCUAGGGCUUCGACGGUGAGCUUACAAAAUACAGACGAACCAAAGAGAAAUCCAACCCAAGCGAAUAGUCCCACCCAACCGAAGAGUCCCACCCAACCGAACACACCCAAAGAUUCCAGUAGCCUACCUUGGUGGUCAUCGGUCAGCUCCACACGGACAACUCGUCGUCAGGAGACCGGUCAAAAACCGAGACAACCCUUCUACCGUCGUGCAUUUCUUCCUCGCCACGACGGCCUUCACAGACCAAACUACCUGACCAGAACGCCAGCUUUCGACAUCGAGCUUGUUCCUUCCGGUGACGACACGGCCGCGAAAGAUUCAUUCUCGUACAAGCCACAACCAGCUGCACCGCCGAGGCCGGUCGAGAGAAGCUUCUCGUUGCACAAGAUAAGCCCCGAGACUGAGGCCGAGAGACGCUUCGCUCUCCACCGAGUGUACAGCCCUCCGAGUAAGCUCGCCGCUUCAGAAGACAGGAAGUUUGCCCUGCACAGAGCUCAGAAUAGUGCCACCAAUCCCUACAGCGCAGCCGCUGCUGCUGACAAGCGACCAGAGGCGGACAAAUCCGAUUCCAAGUCUGUCAACGCUGCAGCUUCGUCGGACAGGUUUUCUCUCGGAGCACAGAAGGAAGAGAGUUCAUCCAAACAGGAAGAAGAUAGCAAACUCAGUGCUUACAAGUCACCCAUCGACAAAUACGAAUAUAAGAAGGGUAAGUUGCGGGCACGCUUUUAACUUAAACAAUCGUGUGAAUGGUAUGAAACUUAGUCUGACGUCAAUUUAAUUGUGAAAGUUACCACGCAUUUAGCGUUUAGAGUCAUGUGACCUGAAACAAAAUUUAAAUGGAAUGCAAUAUGAUGAAUUUUUCGGCGAACAAAUAAAGUUGAAUCUAAAUGUAAAAAAUGAGAAGCAUGGAAUAAGAUUAAAAAAACAACAACGGAGUACCAGCUAAUCUAAAAGAGUGUUGAGACUUAUUUCUGUACAUUACUAGUACACACCAUGCUUAAAUCCCGAUGACAUUGGUGUUCGCAAAGAGUUAAGUAUUUACCUCUUCCUUUUUUUUUCAAUAUGGCCUCUACAAAAAGAAAACGGAAAAAUCUUGGGUCAUGUAGUACAUUUCAAUUAAGACUUUUACUAGAGCAACUUUAAAACCAAAAAAAAAAAGACUUUUAUAGAACAACUUUAAAACAAAAAGAAAAACCAUAUUACAAAAACACAACAGCGCACGACUUAUUUAUGAAUGAAGAUUUGUGUUUAGCCCUAGUGUGGUCCUCCAAUGUUGUGUUAAGCACACGAUGGUCAUCCAAUGAUUCUUCAUCCAAAAUUUUCUUAUAGUCACGUAAGGGACAGAGGUCGCCCCCAUUAACAUUACUGUCCAGUUGAGCAGUGAUUAUUUCAGAAAUGUUCCCCCGGGUUUGGGGGGGGGGCACUUCAGAUUUUUCGGGGGGUAGUGCCAGCUGAUUUAUUGUUGGACAUAUUUUUGUUCCGGGGGGCACUUGGCUUUCCCACGUAGAUAUAGCUGAAAGAAACCCUGACUGGGAGCACAUUUACAUGACAGUCCAGUUUCAGUCUUACAAUGCUCCACAAAAAUAUAUAUAGUUUGUAAAUUAUACAUUUUAUUUUGUUUUUGUCUGGCAGGGAAGUGCAGCGACAGCUGGUGUAAGUUGCCAGAUUGUCGCUGCGUCGGCUCUGACGUCCCCGGCGACCUUGAUCCCAAGGACGUUCCGCAGAUGAUCAUGCUGACCUUUGACGACAGCAUCAACAGUCAAAACAUGGGAUACUACAAGAAGAUUUUCAACGGCACUCUGAAAAAUCCUAACGGCUGCCCGAUCAAAUGUGAGUAUGUAAAAAAAAAGCAACAAAAAAAAACAAAAAACAAAAAAAAAACAUAAAGCCAACAACACCACCAAACAACGGGGCACACGAUGCACCAAGUUUGAGUGAUUUUCAUUUUAAAAAAUGAAAAGGAUGUCUUGCAAACAUGCAGAGUCGGGCCCUUCUAUAAUCCUGGCACAUUGUGUUUGUGUUUCCUGCUGAACAGAUCCGCCCCUCGGGCCCAGCUUCCACUGCAGCUGCAGGUGGCCUCGGAUCUUUAAGUUGGGAUUUGGAACAAAGAAUUAAAAUGUAAACCUUGAAUGCAGGGUCACACAACUGAAAAAUGGCAACGACCUCGAAAGCCACACGACAGCUGCGCUGAUAGAGUAUAAUAAUUUAGUCUAUAUAUCGUUUAAUCUCUACUGGAUUAUAUUUAUAAUUUUAGUUCGAUUUUAUUUGUAGCUUAUUGUGUUUAUAAUUAAUUUAAAAAGGCAGUUAAAAUAUGAUAUUAUUUUGAAGGGGGGGGGGGAAACAACGACAUUAUAAAUAGGAAGUAGUCGCCACCUCUUAUUUUUAAAGUGCCCAAUUAAAUAACUGCCACAAGUUUAUUGAUAGUACUAGGUUGGGUGGGGGUAGUGGGGUGUUAAAGAAGUAACUGACGUUCAGUUGGUUGAUGUUAAAUUUGAUAAAGGCUUGGCCGGGGAAACAGCUUGCUGAUGUCUCAAUUCGCAUUGGUCAGCUAUCCACAUCUUGCUUUUCUUCUUCUUCUUCUAUAUCUUAAGGGCCCACGAUCAAUUUAUUGAUCAUUUUGGCUUUUGUUCAUCUCCCCAUCCCAUCGUGUAGCCACUUUCUUCGUGUCCGGAGACAACAGCGAUUACGACAUGGUCAAGAGGAUGUACAAGGGUGGCCACGAGAUAGCCUCCCACACCCUGAGUCACAGGAGCCCCACCACGUGGUGGGCGCACGCGGGCUACGAGAACUGGGAGCACGAAGUGGUCGGCAUGAAAGAGAGGCUGCACGAGAAGUCCGGGGUACCACUCAAGGAGAUCGUGGGCAUGAGAGCACCUUUCUUGCAGGUAAAUACGUGUACCUUACUUACAGGUAAUUACAGGCACCUUUCUUACAGGUAAAUGCAUGCACCUUUCUUACAGGUAAAUGCAUGCACCUUUCUUCAGGUAAAUGCAUGCACCUUUCUUACGGGUAAAUGCAUGUACCUCUCUUACAGGUAAAUACAUUCACAUGUCUUACAUGCACCUUUCUUACAUGUGAAUACAUGCACCUUUAUUACAGGUAAAUUCAAACGUUUUGAAACACCUGUAGUCAACAAAUCACGGGGGGUGGGGGUGGGGAAUCAUGAAAGGUUUUCUGGACUCCCUAAUCGAGGGGCAAAUUUUGAAAUUUAAGUUAAGAUAAAGUUAAGACAUAUUGGCUUCCACGCGCACGCGCCCAUGCAUGCCACCACGCCAUCGUGACGUCGAGCAGAAAUCCCGUUUCCAACUUAAUGACCCGACCCAUGGCAGAAAGGUGGGGGGGGGGGCUGGGGACAUGGUAUAUGGUCUUAGUGAUGUGAUGCUGUUUUGUUUUCCGGGGCAUUUCAUAUGAGCGAGUUCAUAAGUAUAUGAGAGUUUUUGGGGGGGGGGUGGGGGUAAUGGUAUAUGGUCUUAGUGAUGUGAUGCUGUUUUGUUUUCCGGGGCAAUUCAUAUGAGCGAGUUCAUAAGUAUAUGAGAGUUUUGAUGAUAUAAACCCCCUCCCCUCCCAAAAAAAAAAAAAAGUCAAAAUUGUGAGUAAUAGUAGAGGAUAUAGAGCUAUGAGUAAAUCAGCCAAGAUGAGUCCAUUCAGUUGACUAAAUGAUUAAAUAACUUUGUCUAGCUGGGGAGCCAGUUAUUGUUAUUAUUUUAUUUUUGUGUGGCCCAGGGUCAAUGACAAAGGUAAUGUUUUAAAUAGAAAUUUGUAGAAAUAUUAAAUUACGUUAUUAAAAAUAACAACAACGAAAAACAACAACAACAACAACAUUUUAGGUUGGUGGAGACGCUCAGUACGCCAUGUUGAAAGAGCACAAGUUCCGGUACGACACUUCCAUGGUAACGGGCAAUCUGUACGUCAACAAUGAGCCCCCGACCUGGCCUUUUACCUUGGACACGCCCCCUGACAGCAAGACGUGCAGCCUGACGCCCUGCCCCACCCGGUCCUACCCGGGACUAUGGGAGGUGCCACUCAUUCGCUGGUACGGCAAUAACAGAAUAGCUUGUGCCAUGCCAGACGCAUGCACCAUUGGUGAGUAGAAGUUACAUGAUGUCAGACGCCUGUUUCAUUAGUAAGUAGAAUAGUUACAUGUCAGACCCCCGUAUCAUUAGUAAAUAGAAUAGUUACAUGUCAGACGCCCGUAUCAUUAGUAAGUAGAAUAGUUACAUGUCAGACGCCCGUAUCAUUAGUAAGUAGAAUAGUUACAUGUCAGACGCCCGUAUCAUUAGUAAGUAGAAUAGUUACAUGUCAGACGCCCGUAUCAUUAGUAAGUAGAAUAGUUACAUGUCAGACACCCGUAUCAUUAUUAAGUAUAAUAGUUACAUGUCAGACGCCCGUAUCCCUGAGUCAAAAUACCCCCUGCAACGCAGCGCCGCCAUUCGCACCCGGGUACCAUUAGACUCAAGCUAUUCGGAUGUCAUUUGUGGUAGUUUAUUUUUGUUUAACUGAAGAAUUAAGUUUACAAACAUUUAGUCCAUUCAAUUAUCUUUCAUUUGACACCUCAUUUUUUCUCACAAACCUAACAAUAACAUUUUAAAUAGUUUUUAAUCCCAACCUCUCGUUUAAGCUUCGUUAAAAAAAAAAUGUUGAGCGUAAUGUAUGAGGGACUGCGUCAAGUCGUGAUAAUUAAAUAAAUAGUGGACCAAGAUAAGUAAAUAAAUAGUGGACCAAGAUAAGUAAAUAAAUAGUGGAGCAAGAUAAGUAAAUAAAUAGUGGAGCAAGAUAAGUAAAUAAAUAGUGCAACAAGAUAAGAAUAUGCUUUAAAAAAAGACAGGAUGAUUAAAAUGACGUUUCUUCUAAAAAUGUAUCUUUUUAAAAAUUGUUAAUCAUGCUAUCCAAAUAAGACAUUUAGAGUCCUAUCUUGCUCCACAGCAACUCUGAUUGUUCCCUGCCCUUUAUUUAUAUGAUAUAUUGGGUUUCAUGUUCUCCUUGUAACUAUAACCCACAUCUCAGUUAGCCGCUAUGGUCCAUUACACUGUUUGCCACAGAUAGAUGGCAUCAUGUACACAAUAUCUAACAUGUUUUAAAAUAAUUACAGCUCUUGUCCACACAAUUUCUAAAAUAUUUGAACAUGAAUUGUUCCAGGACUUGGUGCCAAGGGAAGCCGGAAGUUCAUUGAGGACAAUUUCCUGCGCCACUACAACAGCAACCGAGCACCUCUGGGCAUCUUCAUCCACGCAUCGUGGUUCGGACGAAAAGACGGGAACCUGGAGGGUCUCAUUGAAUUCCUGGGUUCACUAGCAGACAAGGAUGACGUGUGGGUGGUCACUGUGAACCAAGCCCUGGACUGGAUACAGAGGCCCGUGCGACUCUCGACUAUAAGUGCUAUUGAUUCAUGGAUGUGUUAACGUAAUGAGAUUAUGAUAUUUCUUAUUGGGGUGUUUUCUAAUGUUUCACCGUACGGUAUUAUACGUGUGCUAUGUUGAUGCAACGACGAUUACAUCUUAGAUACACGAUUUUCAAAUGUGCUGUUUAAAUUUGUGAGUGACUGUGUGGAUACUUGAAAAUUUGAAUGCGUUGACAUUUCUUAAAACUGUGUUUUUAUGGGGAGUGUUUGGGCAAGAGUGGAUGAGCGGCUGUUCUAUGAAGAAAUUUUCAAAAAGAAAUGAAAAGUCAGAUGUGCCAUAAACAUGAACAAGAACUAAACCUUGUUUGUUUUAAUUUUUGACUUCUGAGGAAAAAUUUAAUCUAAUGAUCUAUAGAUCUCAAACCUCUUUUAUUGAUUGCCAUGAUGCUUAUAACUGGAUAUUAAUUUCAUGCCUAUCAUGCUUUGGUCCUAAAUACUAUAAGCUAAUAAUAAUAAUUUGAAAACAAGCUUCCUUAAUACAUAAAAAAAAAACAAAAAACGGAACAAUCUUUUAAAUACCUCCACAAACCAAAUGCAUUAAAAAAAUAUUAUGUACGCCUCUCCUUCAAGACAAACACAUCUUGAUUUUUACCUUGUAUAAAUUUUUGCGCUACAUUUAUAAAGCAUCUACCAAGAGAAACACAAAAGAAAGAUGUUGUUAGAGACUAUUUGGAGAAUCGACUAAGUUCAGGGAUUACAAAAUAUCACGAGGCUGAGGACCUCCCUUCCGACAUCCUUACUGCAAAUGUCCAAGUUUAUAGACAAGUUGAUAGACAAGUUUAUAAUGUGAAAAUAUGUAAAUAAACAUGUGUACAGGUUUCACUUUCAUUGUGAGAUAAUCUAUUAAUAGCCAUAGCGUCACGUCCAGGUACUAUUUCACUGAUGGAAUAUAUCUUGAUGUGCUUUAGUAUAGUUUCUUUAUCAUUGUAGUUCUCCUCCAUCGUAUUACCAUUGCUCUAGUUCCAUUUAGUGGUAGUUUCAUUCCAUCAUAUCGCCCAUCACUUUAGUUCCACAUAGAACUAAAAAAUGUCUUAAAAUUUUUUUAUGCACUGUAAAUAAUGAAAAUAAAAUUA